CAUUACGACGAGGGGAGUCGUUUUACGGCACUGUUGCGUCACACGCAUUGCUCAGCAGAAGAGACGCUGCCCCGAAACUAGUGGCUGCAGAUGUGUAGCCCGGGAUUAACCACCAAAACACGGACUGAUGGAAAAAAUAAAACGUCAUGAAAGAGAUUGACACUGUGGGGGGACAGAAGGAUGAAAACUGUGAAGAAAAUGAAGAGGAGGCUCCAAUGAGGCGUAGUUUCUCGGUAGAAGACCUUCUCGAUGAGGUGGAGAAGAUCUGUUACGAUGCCUCAGGGACGUCAAAGGUGGAGAUGGUGGUGAGGCUGUGGAAAGAUGGCUUCACUGUAAACGAUGAGGAGUUUCGCAGUUACUCCAUACCAGAGAAUCAAGACUUCCUGGAUGCCAUUAAAAGGGGGGAGCUUCCGGCAGAGUGGGAGAGCAGAGCAGAAGAGGAGGAGCUGGAGAUCAGUGUGGAGGAUCUGACGGAGGAAAAUUAUGUUCCCAGAAAAAAGGCCUUUCACCCCUUCAGUGGCCGAGGAUACCGGCUUGGCAGUGUUGCACCCAGAGUAGUGGCCAGGUCACCAUCUGUGCACGAGGAUGGAGAAUCUCUUCCCAUUCCCAUGGUAACAGUAGACCACGCCCUUCCUGUUACCUCCCUGCAGAUCUGGUUGGCUGACGGCAGGAGAUUGGUGCAGAGGUUUAACCUAUCGCAUCGGAUUGCAGACGUUCAAGAUUUCGUGGCACGCUCCCAGAGGAGUUGCCCACCUUUCAUCCUGACGACAUCCCGUCCUUUCAGAGACCUCAACGACAAAGAAUUAAAUCUAGAAGAGGCCGAUUUGGCCAACGCUGUCAUUGUCCAGAGACCUCUGAACACACAGGCUCCAUUUGGACACUCCUAACUAAAAGGGCGCUAUAAUUCACAGCCACUUAUCCCUUUCACUGACACCUCGCCACAACCCCUCCUGUAACUAUAAUGUUUCUUUAUCCAGCCAUUAGGACUGAUCGUUAGUUCCCUCUACAAUUUAUUAAUCUCUGCAUGGGAGUAUCUAGACUCUAAUGGAGCUGUUGUCAGUUAGUUAUCUCCAACAUCCCAGGUGCUCCUGAGGUGCUGUUGUCAAUGCUUACUUUGUCUUCUUCCUCUGGAGGACAGUGUUUACUGCCAACAGAUCUCCCUAAACCCUCCAGACUCCAGAAAAAACUGUCGAGAGAAACAAUUCUGGCCCUCGUGCAGAUGGUCAACCAUGUGUGUCCAUCUGUUGGUCCACUACCAGUAACCCUCCUUCACACACACACAUUAGCACCACCAGCACCACCAACCAAGUCUCCAAAGUCUUCCCAAACUGUGAUCACCAGUUCUUCUGCACUAUUUACAGUAAAAAAAAAAAAAAAGUCUGUAUCUCUUAAGUUUACAAUUAUAUUUAAUGAACACGAUGUUUUGUUUGCACAUUAUAUGAUUUAAAAAGACAAAAGGUGACUCAAAAAAAGCUUGUUAUUUAUGAUGGCUGAUUUUUGCAAAUUUUUUGCAUUAUUGUGAACGUUUGCCUUUGUUUUUUGGGUGGUGGAGUGGGGAUUUAAUUCAGAAUGUAAAAUGUAUUGUUUUAUUUGACUGCGUCCUUUCAAGACAUAUCACAAAAGUACAAUAAAAAUCCUCCUCAAAA